UCCGGGAGCUACCGUCCCAGUUGGUGUUCCGGUUUAGAGUCGUGCUGUUGUUUUUUGUAUAGAUUUGUUACUUAAUGCUUUAAAUAUAUCUAUAUAUAUACAUAUACAUAUAUGUGUGCAGUGAGGGUAUACUUUUGCUUUAACCAUUUUUCACGGUCGAAAUCGGUGUAUCGGCGAAUCAAUACAGCAUUUGUGGAAUUGCUCACCGCCGAUCCACCUCCUCACACCCACGCACCAUGGUGAGAAUGCUAGUGCGAGUGAUUUAAUUACAGCAAAUAAACCCGAGCAGCGAAGAGGAUACGAAAAAAAAGUCGACUGGAGUGUGCGAACGAGGCAAACAGGAGCGAAAGAGUGCAAACUAAUGUGGGUGUGAGCGAAAACAACAACAACAAAAAUAGUAAAAAGUGAGUGAGAGCAAACGUGUGUGAGUAGAAAAAAAGUGUUUGUGUGUGUGUGUGUGUGUGCCUGUGGCGAGCGAAACCGACAGGCAAAAAGGCUAAGGGUCGCGUGAGAGCGGUGAGAGUGUGAGUGUAAUAAAAUUAGUAGCCCUUACCAACAAGUGUGCUCCCGCGGGUGGUUUUGCAACAAACGCCAAAAAAGGGGCCAACAGAAACCAACGGGAAAAAGAAAGAAAAUCUGCCCCAACAAAAAAGUGCUCGACCAAAAGGAGGCAAACAGGCAGCAGCAGCGGGGAAAAUUAUGUGAAACCCACUAGCAAGUACAGUCCGCGGGGAAGCCCGGUUGCCCGUUUCCGACCGACCGGAUACGGAUCCGAUUCCUUCGAACGUAGCAAGCAUGAAGGACGGUUGGAAAUUACGAAACCAGCAGCAUCCGCCGACCGGAGUGACUCGCAGUGAGUGUGCGAGAGCGGGCUGAGUGAGACCGCCGAAAAAUCCUUGGGAAGAUGUGUGUAGCCGCGCACCUUCGCGAAAAUUCUUCCCCUCGGCUGCUUGGGCUGGCGUAAAAAGUGCAGCAUCCACGCGCGUGAUUACGUGUGAAGGGCCAGCGAUCGAGAUGAUUCGAGUGACCGUGGUGAGCUUAGCGAACGACUGCUUUGUGCUGAAGGAAACAGGUAGCCCCAGCCUGCGGGUUUGAUCGUGUCACCGCGAGUGAGUGUGGGCGCGUGUAUUUGUGCGUUUGAGUGUGCCAAUGUGCCCACUUCGUUGAGCAGCGCGUUACUGGACGCCGUAAGCAUUUUGCGUGAGGGCACGAGGUGAAGCAUAAAAGAGGGCGACUGCUGCUCACCUGCUGGGUGAACGUGAGUGAGUGAGUUUGGGGCUGUAGUGAGUGUGGCAUUGAGCGAGUGAGCCGUGAACGGGUGCGUGCGUAGUGCGAGUGAGCCUGUGCGAGAGGAUACAGUGAGACCGGAGCUGCUGGGAAUCGUGCGAAUCGGCGUGAGCCGUGAUAGUGCCACCAACCACACUGCCCGCCCAGCUGGGACAGGGCAGCGCUAACCUUCCGAAUGGUCACCAAUGGCUGGGAAGUGUGGCGGUAAGCAACAUUUGCUGCAAAAGAAAACGCCGUUCCAUUGACAAUGUGUGAAUACAGUAUCGUCGGUCGUACAGUAACGCCAUCGAAACGAAUAUCCUCAGCGCAGCACCGAGCCGACGUUGUCUCCAUCAGCACCGAAAGCUCGACCGAUCACUCGCUGCGAUCGUUCACUCCGGUCCGGUUCCACGGCAAGGCGGACGAGUAGUCUGGACACGCGCACACGCUCGCGAAACGCAUUCCGGACCCGCGCAAAGGGGGGAAAAAUGAAAACUGCCAUCACGAACAGCAUUGCCGUCGCCACCGCUGGAAGUGCAAAUACACGGUUGCACCGGAAGCGACUAUUUGCGAACGUCGUCGCCGUUGUUGUGAUUAAUCGCACCAAGUUGAAAAGUUGAAAGCGAACGCCGCCCGUACAUCAGCAGCCCGUGUGUGUGACACACCGGUGUCGACGAGCAGCGUCGGCAACCAAUCUAUUAUUUCCGGGUGCACUGCCGCAACAACUGCUGCCAAAUUGCACCCCGUAAGAGAGCCGGUUGCGCUAUCGCUAGAAUCUUAUCGCAUUCAUCGAUCGACUUCCGUACGGCCAAGGAACACGGAUCCAUCGGCGUGAAGGGUGAACUGCAGGCCGUAAUCGUGCACACAAGUGCGCGUAGUAAGCGAGAAUUAACGCAUAAAAAUAGGAUUGUAGAAGCACCACUAGAGCAUACUUUACUUCCUGCUUCAAGGCACUAUUUUCUAAUCGCUCAUUCUUGGUGCAGCUUUUCCAAUCAACGCUCGAUUAAACUUCAAACAGAUAUUUCCACUAAACGGGAUAAGGGGAGAUUGAGAGCGAGAGAAACCGCUUAAUUUAAAUUUGCACUCUUUGUGCCAAUCAGAGAAAGCUUUCAUCAUCAUCACCACCACCCUUUGCCAAUGCACCACCGUACUUCCUGUCCCACUCCAGCGCAACAGCCCACCGGAAAGCGGGAAAUUGUGUGUGAAGCACAAAUCGAAAACCAGGAAGCUGCCC